CAGAGGGGCGGGUUUUGUCAAUGUCUGUCCCGGAUCCGUGUCUAUCCGGUUGUGUUCAACGUUCAGUGCUCUCAUGGCUCUCCAGCUAUAUGUCGAUCUCGCUUCCCAGCCCUGUCGCUCUGUUUACAUCUUCGUUGAGAAGAACAACAUUCCAUUCGAGCUCAAAGAGGUGCGGCUUAUGAUCGGAGAGCAACAUUCCGAGGAAUUUCAGAAAGUGAACCCACUGAGAAAGGUGCCAGCGAUAAAGGAUGGGGACUUUGCCUUGGCAGAGAGUGUGGCGAUUCUGAAAUAUCUGGCAUGUAAAUAUCAGACCCCUGACCACUGGUACCCGGCCGACCUCCAGAAACGGGCUCAAGUGGAUGAAUAUCUAGCCUGGCAGCACACUGCACUGAGACUUCAAGCUGGGAAAAUCUUCCUGAUGAAGGCCAUAUUCCCACUCGUGACUGGAGGACCAGUCCCCGAAGACAAAAUGAAAGAGGCUCAGGAUGAACUGGCACAAGGACUUAAGCGUUUUCAGGAAAAAUUCCUUCAGGAUAAGCCCUACAUUGCUGGGAUGGAGAUCUCUCUGGCGGAUCUGGUUGCGAUUGCUGAGUUGAUGCAGCCCCUUGGUGUUGGAUAUGACCCACUGGAAGGUUCGGCAACACUCACCUCUUGGCGUGACCGAGUGAAGAUGGCAAUCGGCAAAGAUUUAUUCGACAAGGCUCAUGAAGCAAUCCUCAACACCAUGGAGUCACUAAAAUCACUGGCCGAGAGCCAGCCUGAGAUAUUAGCAGCUUUCAAAGCCAGCAUCAUGAAAUAUUUAAAAUAAAAUGACGAAGGGUAUUAAAAUCACAA